AUGCCGCUGUCAGUUAACAACGUCAUUAUGGCGAGGGUUGACUAUCUGUACUUUGCAGGAGCUUCAUGUUCCGGUAUGUCCCAGACACUAGACGAAGGCUGCACGAUCAGUGACGACUGCAGCACGAUCACGUGCAAGAUGAAUUUUGUUGAGAAGCCAAUCACAUUCAAACUCAAGGUAUCAGUUGUCAUUUUCUAUAAAUAUCCGUACAAUAUGCUGAAGGUUCGGAAAAACUGGCAACAAAAAACGUGCAACUUGUCUUGCAACAUUGCUGCAAAACGAGUUGAAUAGCGAUGUUGCGCGUUUUACCACCCACAUCAAACCUGUCUUGCAACAAACCAGGUUGUUAACAGGUUUGAACGUGUUUGGUAAAACGCGCAACAUCGCUAUUCAACUCCUUUUGCAGCAGUGUUGCAAAACAAGUUGCACGGUUUUUGUUGCCCGUUUUUCCGUUCCUUUAAGGAUGUAACAGGUUUAAGCCUCAUGUUUCAAGGGAGGUUUAUGUCUUUUGUGCUGCUGAUUAACACCAGCUGCAGUCGCUGAACAUACUGUGCGUAGAAAUAAUCAGCGCCUCUGGAAACGAAGGCACCCCUACAAGUGGUUCAGUUCUUGUCUUCUUUGGGUUCAAUGGCCUGCAUUCCAUCUGUUUUCAAAUCAGAGUUACGAUCGGGGGAAGACAAACCCUGCGCAUUAAGGAGUAUUAUGGUGUUUCUCGGGAUUCGUCAUUAUCGUGUUGUCCAUAACUAUUAAACUUUGUUUGCCUCCGCACCAAAUUUUGCAUAACUCAGUAUUGUUUCCAAUUUUUACUGGGUAUAAUUAAUUACAUUUGUCUCAAGAAUGGUUCAAAACAAUGCCUUUGCAAAAUUCUAGGGGCCGCGGGCAAACAAAGUAUAAUACUGGCCGGGCAAUUCGAAAAUGGCGAAUGACUUGAGUAAAGUCAAGUUAGUCAAGUUGAAUGUCAAUUGGAUUCAACUCCGCAAUGAUAACCGACAAAACCCGGGGGUUAUUACUAACAUUGUAAGGCCCACGUCACAUGGGAAAUAGCCUAAUGCUAAUCAUAAGCGAAAACAAUAGAUUUUGCUCAUUAGCAUUAGGUUCGAGUUUUUCUUGGGCCGAGUAAGAACAUUAAGAAAGAACAGUUAAAAGAACUUAGUUUUAUGAAUGGUAAAUGAAUCAUAAUUGAUGUCAAAGGUAUAUUUACUGUCUUUGUCACUUUUUAGGGUUAAUAAGCUGCCAUAUAAAGGAUAAAACUCAUAAUAAUAAUAAAUAAUAAUAAUAAUAAUCUUUAUUGAGAUGACUGUUUUAUAUAAAAUAUGGUUUUCAAAAAGGAUCUCAUAAAAUUAAAAAAAAAAUACAAAAUACACACAAUUCGCAAAGACAUUAAAAAUCUAAAAUAUGUAAAAACUAUUAAAAUGUGCAAGAUAUUAACUCAAAUUCAUUUAAAUUACAAAUCUAAAAAGAUUACGUUUAAAAAUAUUCAGAUUCACGGAUUGUCUGAUUACCCGGCUAAGGGAGUUAAAAUCCUUAAUGGCAUGAAAUGCAGUCCGUUGUUUGCCCCAAUUCCUCUUGGCACUUGGAAGUCUGAGAUUCAGCUUAGUUCUGGUAUUAUAAUCAUGUUGUUCUUGUUGUCUUAUGAAGUUCAUAUCAUGCUCAACAAGUCCAUUUAAACACUUAUACACAUAAAUACAUCUUCUCUAAAAACGCCUUUUUUCUAAUGGAACCCACUUAAGAAUGGCAAGCGCAUGCUUAGCAGAUGAAUAAAGACGUCUGUCUAAAAUUAUUUUCGCAGCCUUAUUCUGCAAGACUUGCAAACUGGUCAUUAAGAUUACAUUAUGCUUGUCUCCCCAAACAAGGUCUGCAUAAUCAAAUAAAGGCAUGACAAGACUAUUAUAAAAAAGAAGGUGCGCACUGAAAGGUAAUAAAUGCUUAAUGUGAUUAAGGAGACCAAGCCUUUGAUUAAUUUUGCCAGCAAUGUAUUCAACAUGAUUUGUCCAUGUAAAACCAGAUGAUAUAAAAAUUCCAAGGUAUUUGAAGCGGUUGACAUUAUUUACAUUAUCCAAUAUAAACAAAUGUACUAUCAUUCACUACUAAGAAAAAUUGGCAUUUAAUCAUUACCAACCAAAUUAACAAAUGUGAUGAACCCGUCACUGUAACGGCCUCUAUGAAUGUCCCGGAUUUGCGUGUCACGUGGUCUCACACCUACACCAGUGACGACAUCAUUGAAGUACCCAGAUUUACUGUAUCUUUGCCUUCUAUUUUCUCCGCUGGAGUCUAUGUUCAAGUUCAACUCAAAGACAACGGGGACAGACUGCAUCUUAAGGCAAGUACUUUAUGUAAAGCGACUUGUAAGGUAGUGUGACCUCAAUUUUAAAAAGGACGUUAUGUGACGUCAAACAUUAAAGACCAUUGUAAUGGAAGUUAAAGUGCAGGACAUACUUUAAAAGAGUGAAUUCAGCUACUGUAUACAAUUAAAAGCUUUUAAAAUUUUCAUAUUGUUGGUGCGGUGCUUAUUUGGAUGCCCCGCCCUUUCGAGAUUCGAAUAUGGUCACGUGUUUCCAUCUCACUUGGCCAUGUAUUUUCCAUUAAAUCAAAGACAAAGACAGUAGUUCACUGCCUCCAACACUUUGUCUAUAAACAACUAUUUUAACUACUAUUUUAACAACUAUCAAAAGCCUGAAAAUUUUCUAGAACUCGACAUUCACUGCUAAUUCAAGUUCAUCACCGAGUUUUUAUUUCAUGUACAACAGAAUUUAAAACUAAAGUGAAAAUUGGACGUUUUUGAGCGCUAACUGACAUUUACACUAACCCAUGCGGCACCCAACAUAAAUUGUUUAAACGAGUCAAAUCCAGAGUUCUCUGGAGAGGGAGAUUCUGCCAGCAGGAAAAAUAAAAUCAAUAAGUUCGAAACAAUUUGUUUUUUUUUAUAGGUGAAGCUACUGGCCGGUGGAAAAGUGUUGGGCAAAGGUGUUUAUCCUGUGAAAGUUACUGUGAUGGAGGGAGACUUACCGAUUUCGACUAACGAUUGUGGUGGGUAUACUGAUCAUGAUUAAAACUAGAAAUGUGUGUAACGCAUUCUAGAACUCGCAUUCGAAAGCAAUAAUUUUUACGCUAACAGACUGAACACAGUAAUCUUGCAUUAAAAUUACCCUCAAUCAGGAGUUCGAAAGGGAAAGAGGAUUUUGGGCGCGUGAGAAGCACGAGAGGCGCGCGAGGAAUACGGGAGGGGGACCUCGCUCCCAAAUUCCCUUUCCCUUGCCUUUCGAACCCCACGCAGCCUAUCAAUUAACUUUCUUUUAUGGCACAUAUAUAAUUAUAACAUAGCUAGAAAAUUCGCCUAAUCAAAUUCAAUAGCGCGAGCGUGCUUCAUAUUCCUAUUGAGCACGCUGAUGACGUCAAUAAACUAUUCGUAAUUCCUCGAGUUGUUGGGAGCUUAGCAAUCCUGAGUCUCCCGAGUGCAUCCAUAACUCAGCAAUAGACAAUGAAGCGUUUACCAUGUGUUUUAUAAGGAAAUUUAAGAGGAAAGGUUUGAAUUUGUUAACCGAUAGUAAGGAAAAGAGGUGAGUGUUGUUGUUGUUGUUGUCAUCUCGGCGAGCUGUGCGGGCUAUGGCGUGAGAUCAUUCUUUGCAAAGUUGUUUUCUCUCAAUAACAAUUUUUCGGUAAAUUAAAAGUUUUCCGGCACCUAAAUAUGGAUUUUGCAAUCAUUUUAGAGUACACUUUCUCUCAGUUUCAGGAUAAAAACAUAAGAUUAACUGUGAGGAAAAAAAAUAUAGUCACGUAAUCAUUAACGCGUACUGCUUAAAAUUUUCAGUUAACUGCUGCAUUGAUCGCUUUGAUAAUGUUAUAAAACAAUUAGUUCAUGCUGCAGCUGUGCGUAUGUCGAGAUAUUGAGCACUUGGGAAGUUUGGAGAGCACUCAAAAGGCUAGAGUUGCACUCGGCUGCGCCUCGUGCAACUCUUACGCCUCUUUCGUGCUCUCCAAACUUCCCGCGUGCUCAAUAUCUCGACAUACGCACGCUGCCGCAUGAACUAAUUGUUAAUUGCUGUUCAGUUAUCAGUUACCGAUAGGCCUGGAAAAAGUGAAAUAUUAGAAAAAUAUUUUCAAGGCUGUUACCGACUCGGAAAUGACCAUAUUACAUUGAAACUGCUAACAGUUCUGGAGCAGUAACAGAAAAGGAACGAUACCUAUGAAUUUUAGGGUUAAAAACACAAUGUGAUCUAUUAGUGUCUGCAAGGAGAGAAGAUUUUUACCAGGUCUGUAGCAGGACAAUGGCUCAUGUAUCGACACGUAGAUGUAAGAAGCCUAGCGAUAAAAAAUUUAAACGUAUCAGAGUGCAUCUUAAAAUCAACACGCUGUCCUGCAGGCAGCCAGUACAGGCCCAUUAAAACAGAUCCUUUCCCUAAGCAGGGAACGGAGCUUAAAAAAAACCAGGCCUUUUCCCACGGUCGAACACUUUCGACAAUGCCUCAACAAACAUAUGAAUAGACAAUCAUGUUUCAAUCUCGUCUGCAGGGGUCCCUUCGUGUCAUGCGCAAAUAUCGGGACGUUCUUGGUGCUGACCAAACAGAAAGCGGGAUGGGUACGAGAAAUUGAUCAUAUUCACUAUCGCAAAAGAAAGUUAGUUACACUGCGCUUGCGUUGUGAGAGUGUGUCAAACAGCUUAAACAUUUCGAGAACAAAAAAAAAAUGUCGUGCCAACGUUGUGAGAACUUUGUGACAACCUUCGGAUGUUCAAGUGGUGGUACGACCUGUCCGAAGCUGCCAAGGCAGCAUUGAUUGGUGGACCUUUUUGACGAUGACCAUUACCAUAAUAUGUUGUGACAAAGUUUAAACAGUUCAACCUCUUCUCAAUAAGUCGUUACAACGUCUCACAACACUGUUGAGAGGCAGUGUCAAACAGUCAUAGAAUCCGCUGUCACUAUGAUGUCGAUUAUAUAUAAAGUAUGAAGCUGAAAGUGGAUACCAUUACUAUCUGAGGAGUGUCACAUCAUUCCUUAUGUUUCCAGUGUCCUGUCCUUGGAUGAGGGUAGAAAUGGACGACGAGACUGAUCUGUAAUGGAUGUUUUUCGAGGGCGGGCUUAAUUUGUUUAAACAUGUCUUCAAGUAAAGUUGUAUCAGUGUUCUUUGUUGUAGGGAUGUUUAAGUGGUGGUACGACUUGUCCGAUGCUAAUAAUAAUAACAAUCUUUUAAUAGGAUGCUCCAUCACAAGAGUGGUUUACAUAGAGGUCCUAAUUACGAGAUGUAUAUUAUAUAAUACAAUUAAAAUAUAAAAAGGUUAAAAAAAAAAAAAAAAAAAUAAUAAUAAUAAUAAUUCAAGCUAAAAUCGAGUUACAGAAAUAAUUAAAACAUACACACUACAAGUACUCAAUUAUAAAAAGCAGAAAAAAGACACUUCUUAAAAAUUGGAAAACUUGCUGAGUUUCUUACAGUUCUCUCUAAUUCAUUAAAGUCUUUGAAACAGUGGUACUGCGAACGUUGUUUUCCCCAAUUAUAUUUAAUUUUGGGGAGCUUGAUAGUAUCGUUAUUGCGCGUAUUGUAGGAAUGUAUAUCACUCUUUCUUACAAUGUCCAAAGAAUGAUUAAGUUGGCCAUUAAUACACUUGUAUGCAUAUAUACAUCGAUGACAUUUCCUACGUUCUUCAAGAUUCAGCCAUCUCAAGACAAUCAAUGCAUCGGUGGAUGAGGAGUGAGGUGAUCUAUCUAAUAUCAACUUAGCUGCUUUGUUUUGGAGAAUUUGCAAUUCCUUCAUAAGGCAGCAGUGAUUGGUGGACCUUUAUUGGUUAUCUGUAUUCUUGUCAUAUACUGUUGCUGCUGCAGGUCCCGCCCAGCAAAUCAAGGUGCUGUCCUCGUUACACCUGCAGUUGGCCAUACUGCUGUCAUGGCAACAAGCACUAACACCACCGCUCCCAUGCGACCGCUUGUUAAUGUUGCUUGA